CGGAAGCGGGGACGAGCACAGGGGCGGGGCUGGUCCGAGAGAUGGCGGCGGCGACGGCCGUGAGCAGCGCCAAGCGGAGCCUGCGGGCCGAGCUGAAGCAGCGUCUGCGGGCGAUGAGCGCCGAGGAGCGGCUGCGUCAGUCCCAACUCUUGGCCCAGAAGGUGAUAGCUCACAGUCAGUAUCAGAAGUCGAAAAGAAUCUCCAUCUUUCUGAGCAUGCAAGACGAAGUCGAGACAGAAGAGAUCAUCAGGGACAUUUUCCGGCAAGGGAAGACCUGCUUCGUCCCACGGUACCAGUUCCAGAACAACCACAUGGACAUGCUGAGACUGACGUCCCCCGACGAAAUUUCGUUACUUCCCAGGACGUCCUGGAAUAUCCUUCAGCCUGGAGAGGAUGAGGUCCGGGAGGAAGCCUUGUCCACAGGGGGACUUGAUCUCAUCUUUGUGCCGGGUCUUGGGUUUGACAAGCAUGGCAACCGGCUGGGGAGGGGCAAGGGCUACUACGACUCCUACCUGACGCGCUGUCUGCAGCAGCGGGACUCGAAGCCCUACACCGUGGCCUUGGCGUUCCGAGAACAGAUGUGCCUCCGGGUCCCCGUGGACGAACACGACGUGAGGGUGGAUGAAGUCCUUUACGAAGACUCCACGUAGAUCCCGAUGCCUGCGGCCCGGAGAAAAGCAGAAUACGUGUUUCCCCUCGUCACGAGGUAGCGUGCGUUUUG